GACCAUUUUUCAAUAAGCUUAUAUCUAUCUAGUAAAGCUUUUUGGCCAAAUACAUUGAAAAGUUAUUGCUAGGGGAGUGCAAUUUUCUUAUAAAAAACAUACAUAUAAAUAUAAAUGAAAUCAAGGUACUAUAGAAUUAACACAGGAGAAUCGAAUUGAACCGAAGCUAGAACAGUAGUAACCGCAAUGGAUCAUUACUCUUCUCCCGGAGGCACCUGGACGAUGAUCCCAACCCCAAAUUCCAAUUCCCAAAUCCAAUCCCAAUCUCAAUCCCAUUCCCAAUCCAAUCAAGACCCAAACCUUUAUCUUCAACAACAACAACAGCAAUUUCUUCUUCAACAACAACAACAGCAGCAACAAUCUUUUCAACAAACACAAACACCCCAAUCUCAAUUCCAACUCCAACAGCAACAGCAACAACUUUAUCAACAACAACGACUUCUACAGCAACAACCACAACCACAACCACAACCCCAACCCCAGCAACAACAGCAGCAGCAACAACAGCAGAAUCUUCACCAAUCACUCGCUUCUCACUUCCAUCUCUUACAUUUGUUGGAGAAUUUGGCUGAGGUUGUUGAACAUGGAAACCCGGAUCAGCAAUCAGAUGCAUCGAUUGCUGAAUUGAGUAACCAUUUUGAUAAGUGUCAGCAGCUGUUAACUUCAAUCUCUGCUUCUAUUAGCACCAAAGCCAUGACCGUUGAAGGACAGAAGAAGAAGCUAGAGGAAAGCGAGCAAUUGCUAAAUCAACGAAGAGAUUUAAUUGCCAAUUACACAAAAUCUGUAGAGGAGCUUGUCAAGUCUGAGCCAUAAGAGUCUAUCAUUCUUUUCAGACGGAUGUUGAGGCGGAUAUAUACAUGAAGCGAGAUCGAAGUUCAAAUAAGAGGCAAAACUUCUGACGGAUAGACUUAUCAUUUUCUUCUUUCAGCCAUACCGGAGUAUGUAGAAGCAUGGCAGAAAGUGUGAAAUUUGGUAAUCUGAAGAGAUGUAAUGUAAACUGAUAUACAUGAUGUAAAAAAGGUUACCAAUGUUGAAUUAAGACUUUUCAAUUGUGAUUUUGGAGUAAAAUUUUCAUGUAGAUUAAACUGAAAAUGUCAUUCAUGUAACUGAAAAUGUCAUGGCGGAAUUGAAAUAUAAAAUGGUUUUAGGAACA